AUGAGCAUAGUGCACAGCAGAAUGUUAGACCCGCUGGUGAACUCAUUUGAACCGGGCCAUAUGCGUUCUCGGUCUUAUAGUGAAUUAAUGACACAAUUCCGGUCGUCGUUGGCGGUUCCAGGUUUAUCUCUGCCGUAUGUUAAAAAGAGAUCACACAGUGAUAUGCUGAAAUCCACCAGUUGUUCCGAUAAUGAGCCGCAGAUCAAACGCAGCCGGACAGCUCCAACUACUCCACCAGCAACGCUUCUGUUGAAAUCAUCUGCAAAGACUAUGAGAUCCCGCUCGUUGUCGCCUAAUAAGCGAUUGUUCCCUGAACGCAAGAAACCAGUCCAGGAAUGUAACAGAACCAAACUUCCCGGUAUUGCUUCACUCAAUAUUCCCACCAAAGUUUCUGUUCCACCCAUCACUCCCACCAUUUCUUUAGACUACUUUGACACUUACAAGCCUCAUGACGAGCACUGGAAGUAUGGGCUCUUGGAUUCAAUUCAAAAAUCCAAGAACGACUUGAGUCGAUACUCAUAUCUCAAUCACCAUGCCGCAUCCAAACCACUGUUCGAUUCCCGUUUGAGUUCCAAGAUCACCAAUCCACCCGCCAACAAUGUGUAUCAAGAACGCAAGAUCAACUUUCCCUACGAGUCCAAUUACACAUACUUGAACCAAACGUACAAGCGAGACAUAGAAAAGUAUCCCGAGUACUUGGAGCUUGCUCACUCGCUCAUCUCGCUUUCCCGCAACCAGACACUGAACCAGACACUGACAAACCAGCUGCAACUUCCUCAACAACCCCCACUUGUACCUGCAACUUCACAGCACCAGCAUAUUUACCAUGGAAGCUUUCCCUACAGCCGCCAAAAGAAUCACGAUACACACCAUUACGAAAGAGCAAACCAUCACCACCAACACCGCCCCCACUACCAUGACCACCACCAUUAUAAUGGAGCCUUGGCGUCGCUUCCAACACCCACUUCUUCAACUAUGCAACUUCCUGCUACAGGUUCAUUUUCUUCGUAUCAGCCUUCAAUUCCAUACUCAAGACAUCCUUCCGACCCAGAGAUCCGUCGUCUGCCCACAACCCCAGCACAUAGCCCACAAGCUGCCAAGUUUAUUCCAAUAACUCCACCAUCGAUGAAGUCGAAAUCGAGGUCUGAUCUUCUUAAAUCUCCACCUAAAGCAUCUCAAAUUAGAGUAUGUAUUUCGUGUGGAUCCGACCAGUCACCAUGCUGGAGACCUUCAUGGUCGAUCAGAGAGGGCCAAUUGUGUAAUUCGUGUGGUUUAAGAUACAAAAAGACAUCGGCAAGAUGUCUCAACCAAGGCUGCAAAAAAAUUCCAGCCAAGGGAGAAUGGUCACUUAUGCUUGGUAAAGGAAAGAGUGUUUUUGAAGACGGCGAGGAGGGAUACAGCUGCCUCGAUUGUGGUUCGAGAGUCGAAGUUGCAAAGUAG